GAAGUAGGAAGCGACUGACCCAGCGAGCCGUUCCCGACUCUGAGAUUCGUGGUCGGCGGGUCGGUCUGAUCAGAGCCAUCCGAUAGACACACUGACACAUGUAAGAGGCCUCCACAUGUAAAAAGCGGCCGCGGCUGCUCUCUCGUCUCUCCUGUGUCCUAUCGCGUCCGCCGCCUUGCCCUCCCCACUCGCGCGACAAGCCCGCAGGCGACCCCGCCGAGCGGCGUCCGGCGGCGACCAUGGCGGACGACGACUACAACGAGAUGGACAUGGGGUAUGAGGAUGAGCCCCCAGAGGCAGAGAUUGAGGAGGGGGCUGAGGAGGAGCUUGAGAAUAACAACGAGGACACCCCGGAUGAUGUGGUAGGGGCAGAAGCUGAAGACAAGGAACAGGAAAAGAUAGCACGUGCACGCAAAACAACAAAGUAUAUGACAAAGUAUGAGCGUGCACGCAUUCUUGGUACGCGUGCUUUGCAGAUUAGCAUGAACGCUCCAGUUAUGGUUGAGCUUGAAGGGGAGACUGAUCCGCUUGAGAUUGCCAUGAAAGAAUUGAGAGCACGCAAGAUCCCAUUCACAAUCAGGCGAUAUUUACCAGAUGGAAGCUACGAGGACUGGAGUGUUGACGAGCUUAUCGUGGAGGACUCCUGGAAACGUCAAGUUGGUGGUGAAUAGCGCUAUGGUGCUCAGGUCCAAGUCCUAUGUUUACAUGCAAAUCUUCUACUGGGCGGUGAAAAUUACAACUAGCGGCUUGCGCACAAUAGUGGCUGCAGUGGUGAACUAUUCUGCGUAAUGCUUGUGUGACCUUGCUCUUGUACUUUCGAUUUUGGAAUGAUGCAGCCGUACUGUAUCUCCGUCAUGUCUGACAUAGCAAGGUUCAUGAGCUUGUUUUGAUCCUAUCAAUUGGGGCUGGAAGCAAUAAUUGGAAACUGAUUCCACCUAAUUCCGAGCCUGUUCGUUUGUUUUA